AUGGUGCCCUGCUCUGACGAUUUCCAUCACAGAACGGAUGAAAGCUCAACAAGGAUUCAUCGGGGUCGCAAGACGGCGCGCCGAGGACCUAUUCGCAUAAAUCAACAUUCACAGCUCCAAGACAAUCCCUCUACAGCUCCCGGCAGUGGUUCCCAAACUUUUCCUAUGAUGUUAUCCCGUGGUCAAGCAUGUCAUCAGUCGCCUCGCCUUGAGACAGAUACGAAAAAUACACACAAACACAUAUGUGCGCACACUGGUGGUCAUUUUGAAUGCUACAAUCUUCAGGACAUUUACUUUUCUAUUCUGAUAGGCUUGUCUCGACUACGCGACCUCGUGCUCAGUCAGGAGGCCCAGUUGGCCGAGGCAGUUCGUAGCGCCGCUGCCAGAGUGCCACGGGAAACGGCCCAUGAUCUCCUCUUGGCCACACAAACUGCCGAGCUUCAAAUUGGGGAAAUGACGCGCCGAUUAGCCGCCAAUGAGGCUGCCGGAAAAACAAGUACAGAAAGGUGGAAACAGGCACUUCUCAGGCAGUUUGAAGUAAACCUUGACAUGCCUUCACAUCGUCUAAUCUUUGCCUAUUCCGCUUGA